ACAUGCUGGGGGUUUCUCCAGGACAUCAGCUUGGAGGAUGCAUGAAUUUGACCCUACUAGAGUGCUUGAGAGAGCAGUGUACAGCCGUAUGUCAGGGAUGGAUUGGCGCAAGCAGAUGAUGGCCCGGCUUCACUUAUUUCCUGAUGAUGAGGUGCCUGAACAUAUCCUCAACAACGUGACUGGACAGAUCCGCCAGGUGCAAGCAGUACCAAAGAAGUUACAGGAUUUUACACAGGAAGAGAUUGACAGUUUCCCACGCUUGUUUCAGUUGCCUGAGGACUACAAUAUUGAGUCCCACAGACGACCCAACCAAGCAGAACCUGAUCAGCACACACUCAAGAAGUUGAGAAUACACUAG